AUGAAAGGCUCAGGUGGGACCACCAUCAUAAUGGACAACAACAAGAUUGUGGUGCUUGAUAUACGUUUCCCAACACUGCUACUGGUGUUCAGGUCAGAUGUGCCUGCAGGGCAUCCCACGGGCUCCGAGCCGAGCCCGGACACAAGCAAUGGAACAUUUCAAUUUUUUUUUGUUCUAAUGUAUAUUCCUAAAUAUUGGAUGAAUAAUGUCCUUGUAAUAAAUAAUGUCCCAAAUACCUUUUUCAGGCAUCAUAAAACAGAAUCUAAUAGAGGGGCCACUUAUGAUACUCGGAAGAAGAGACUGAACAUACACACACACAAACAAUGGAGUACAUUAUACAUAGUUCGACUGAACUUCCAAUAA